AUGGAGGAAGGAAACUCGAUUAUCUACGGUCUGGAGCACCAGACUAGAGCUCUGUCUCCUCAGUACGAGAGCGAUGCCAUUAGGUUCCUGAUAGGAACGCAGAGUCUUAAGCCGCAGUCCAACCAGGUCCACGUUGUGGAAUUAGAGGAAGACACUGGUGCUUUACACACGAAGGUCUUCAAGCAUGAUAUUGGAGAGAUCUGGCAUCUCCGCUGCUCUCCACACGACGUGGCCACGCUGCUUACAACACAUAACGCGUACGACCCCAACACGUCACAAUGUACUAUGGGUGUGUCAAUCUACAAGCUCCCUACUGUUGAGGUAAUACCAAAGGAUCUGGAUGACUUAAGUGCAAUACAGGGAAGAAAUGCUGAGGACAUGGAACUGUUGCUCACUAUCACUCCAGAGAAACCGGAGGAAGAGAUCCGUUGUGCAGAAUGGCAUCCUACCGACCCAACGCGGGUAGGCGUAGUUUUUGAGGCACGCGUGGCCGUGCAUGACGUCACGACCGGCGCGGCGGCGGCGGCGGCGGGCUCCGGUGCGCGUGCUAACUACCACGCCGGGAAGUGGAACCCACACCAGGGACAUAGCCAGUUCGCGGUGCUCCAAGACAUGCACGUGAAGUGCUACGACACGCGCGCGGACGGCGCGCGGCCCGCCUGGGCCAUCGACCACGCGCACCGACAGCUGGCAAGGGACUUGGACUUCAACCCCAACAGACAAUUCCACUUAGCAACGGCGGGUGACGACGCAGCGCUCAAUAUUUGGGACUACCGGAACGGAAAGGAGCCCAUAUUCAGCAGGACUGAUCAUUCUCACUGGGUGUGGACAGUCCGCUACAACACGUACCACGAGCAGUUACUGCUAACAGGCAGUUCAGAUGCUCGCGCGCUACUCACCGCCGCUGCUGCCGUAUGCAAAGACCCGGAUGACGACACUCCUGGGCCCGUGCUGGAAGACGGCGUGCUCCAAUCAUAUGAACAGCACGAGGACUCUGUAUACGCUUGCGAAUGGAGCGCCGCGGAGCCCUGGACUUUCGCCUCGUUAAGCUACGACGCGCGUCUCGUGCUGUCGCGCGUGCCAAGACACUUCAAGUACAAGCUGCUGCUGUGAUGACGUCACACUGUGCUGCGGUGACGUCACGGAGUGUAGGGCGCGAGUGGAGCGCCGCAGAGCCCUGGAUCGUCGCCUUCGAAGAGCUCCGACUUGCAACUCGUGCUGUCGCGCGUGCCAAGGCACUUCAAGUACAAGCUGCUGCUGUGAUGACGUCACACCGUGCUACGAUGACGUCACCCUGCUGCUGUGAUGACGUAAGACUGCUGCUGUGAAGAUGUCACGCUGCUGCUA